AUGGCUUUCUCUCCUUCCAGAUCAAAAACCCGUCACCAUGCUCGCUCUAUUAGCUUGCCCUCUCGAUCUCAUCCGCUCAUUCUUCAACUUAAUGAGCACUUGUGUAGAUUAAGGUCCUCCGAAGCUACCUGUUUGACACUGUCCUUAGUGAGCAGCAGACUAAGUGGCCUUGAAGACUUGUAUGAUUCCAUUGAAGAUUUGCUUAUGUCAUCACAUUCUCAACAAGCUUUUGGCCAAGAACGCAGUGAGAAAUGGGUUGACGAGGUGUUGGAUGGAUAUCUGAUCGGUCUCUUGGAUGCAUGCGCCACCACCAAAGAUGUGUUGGCACACAUGAAGCAAAAUGCACAACAACUUGUUUCAAUCUUGCGCCGAAGACGCGGUGAAAAUGAUGACUUGAGUUGGUACUUAGCCUCUAGAAAGCAGGCGAAAAAGGUGAUCCAGAAAUCUUUAAAGGGCUUAAAGAGUAUUAGAAACAAGAACACUCCCCUGGGCUUGGAUAAAGAUAUUGAAACCGUUGCCAUUGUUAGCAUGUUGAACGAGGUUGAAGAAGUCACUCUUGCUGUGCUUGAAUCUAUAUUGUCCUAUAUUGCAGGGACAAAGCAGCCUUCAUGGUCUUUGAUUUCUAAACUGAGGCACCCUAAAGGUAGAGAAAGUAAACAAGAAGAAACACUCAUAAAUGAGUUUGAUAAGGUCGAGGCUGCAUUGAACUCAUGCGGUGGUCACAAGACAAUCAAAUCUGAUGCCAACAUGAACGCUGAGAAUUUGCACAAUCAUUUGGUGAAGUUAGAAUCAAGUGUUGAAGAUCUUGGAGAAGGUCUAGAGUGCCUGUUCAGGCGUUUAAUCAAAACCAGAGUUUCUCUCUUAAAUAUUCUCAGCCACUAG